AUCCCAGCCACGUGGGAGGCUGAGGCAGCUGAGGCUAUUGGCUUCAUCUGUGUUAUUUUGGAAUUUACAAACUGUUUCCUCCUUUGCGAUUCUGUACUAGCUGUUUCCUACUUUGGGGAGAGCCCUUCUCCCAGACCUCCACGUGCUGGACUCCUUGCCUUGACACGGGCCUCUGCUGCACCAUAGACCCUUCUGAAGGGAGGACUUCCCCAACACCAUCUCCAUCACUUCAUCAUAAUUGCUUUCAGGGUUCUCACCAACCUGAAAUCAUCCUUCAGAAGUUUCUAUUUAUUUGACACUAGAAUGACUGUAAACUCUAGGAGGGUCUGUCUUCUGUACAGCUGCAUUUCCAGCACUUAGAAUGUCACCUGGAACACAGUGGGAACUGUAUAAAUAUUUGAUGAGGGACUGAGCGAACUAAUGAACGGAGCUCAAGGGAGAGAUUAAGCCCAGUACUGCAGGAAACCAAGUGCUUUAAGGACCUCUCUCUAGUCUCCCUGGCUGCUUCUUCCAUUUCUGGAAGUUCAUUUUAUCCCAACAAUAGCAGUCUACUACAGAAAUGCUGCUAUAUAUUCCCAAGCCUCACGGAGCGGAAAUAUGAGAACUUAAGGGCCUGAAAAGUAUAAAGAUCUUGGUGGAGCCCGAAACCCCCACCCCAACCUAAUACUGAGUUUUGCAAAGUUUAAUUGUUGCUUGUGAAUAUAUUUCUGUUUCAUUCUCAUUGGGAAACCUUAUCUGUGGGUUAUGGCCAAUGGGAAAUCAUCAGACAUUUAGACAUCAGACAUCAGGCAUCAUGUAAAAUACACAUUUGUAUAUGAAAUCUUUAAUCCAAAUUGUUGCCCUGCUACCCUUCUGAGUAGCCGUCAUAUCCUAGUCUGAGGGCCAAAUAGAUUGAAGGUAAAAUUCAACCAAGCAGAAUUCUGUAAUGCCUUCUUCACACACAGAUUUGUUGCUUUUUGUCUGCUCUCAGAAUGAAGUAAUGAAUCUCUAGAGGAAGUUGAUUUACUUCAUAAAAAAAAAAACUGAAAAUAUAUUUCCUAUGGCCACUGACUAAUGCUAGAAAACAUUAAGAAUAUUCCCCAUUGCAAAAAUAUCUGCAAGUGGGAGAGAAUUAGACAAGCAGGGGGAUGGUGAUAAGCAUCUAUUACAUAUUAUACACCCUGUUAUGGAGGCUUUACCACUGCCAUCUCUGAAAAAUGGGCUUUACCUCCCUAUCUAAAUAUAUAUAAAAUAAAAUCACAGGAUAACUUUUACAUCAGAGCAGCACAACUGGCAAAAUUUAAAAGUCUGACAUUACCAAAUAUUGGUAAGAACAUGAAGCAAUGAAAUUAUUUUCCUCUAAAGGAUACAGUUAUGGCAAAAAAUUGGGGCUUUUCUAAUACAAUUGAGGAUGUACCUACCCAAUGAUUCUGCAAUUCCGUUCACUAAACGACCCCUGAAAUACUCGCAGAGAAGGACAUUACCAGGAAUCUUAGGAGCAGCAAUGUUUAUAAGAGCAAAACAUACAUGUGGUAAAACUUAAAUGUUCGAAGGAGAUGAAUACAUUUAAGGUUUUUUUUUUCAAGGUAAUUGAGAAUCUGCAGUAAAUGUUAUGGUUUCCUGUUAUUUUUAAUUGCUAAGUUUACAAUGCCUGGAAUCAGUUCUGCCUUCAAAGCCAAGUGUUCAUUUUCCAUGUAUCAGGAAACCCAUUUGGCACAGAGACCAUCCCAGGAAGUUAAGUUUCAGAUUCACAGAAUCAGUAGCAAAGUGCAAUGUCAGAAGUGUCCAGUGAGAGGCACUGCAGGGGACUGGGAUGACCUGUCUUAACUUCAUACAUUCUAGGGCAACUAUACCCAUUAGACUUGGCACAUAGUCCUCAGGCUAAGAAAGAAGAUAGGACACAAAUGCAUCUAUUCAUAAAGUGAAAAUGAAAAAAGAUAGCGUAAAAAAAAAGAUUUAGAAAUAACUUUCAACACUGCUUAUAGCAAUAGUUCUGAAUGCAAAUCAUAUCACUUUUAUAAAAAUAGUAACACCUUUGUUUUGUUUUGGAUGAGGACAUAAACCUGAAGAAUAUACAUAUAUAGAGGAACCUCGUUUACUGCUGAUGGUAGGGGAAAUAAAUAAUAAUCUCUAUUUAUAGCUUAAGAAAGAGGUCCUCAAAGAGUGGGAGCCGUAUGGGUCCCUGACAGAUCCUUCAAAAAGAUCUGUGAAAUCAAAACUAUGUUCAUCAUGAUAUUAAGACCUAUUCCUUUUUUAUUCUCAUUCUCUCAUUAGUGUAUGGUAGACCUUUUCAGAAACUAUAUGACAUAUUCUAUCAUGAGACUGAUUGCAGAAGCAAAUAUGAGAAUCCAGUCAUCUUCUAGUAAGCCAGACAUCAAAGAGAUCUGCAUCUAUGUAGAACAAUGUCACUUUUCUCAAUAAGCCUGUUUUAGAAAGUAGUUACUUUUCAUAAAUUGUAUGAUAUUUGUGUUAACACGUAAUGGGUUGUUACUUAAAUAAGAAAAUAAAAAUUUAAAAAUUCUCACUUUAAUUUCUAACAUAGUAAUAUUGACAGGCAUAACCUACAUAGACAAAAGCACGUUGGAAUCAUCAAUACUUUUUAAGAGCGUAGAAAUCUGCAAACCACUGACCUUCAGCUCAUCACAGGAAGUUUUGCUAUUAGCACAAUUAUUGCAUCUUUGCUCCUUUGGUUGCUUUUGUCUCACUGUCUCUGAUCUUUCAAAGACCAUCUGGAAGAGCUUGGCCAGUCAUCUAUUGAAUGGAGAUUACAUUUUGAAUCUUUUCCUACAUCUCAGUGCCCUGUGGGACGACUCUGGGGUGUCUCCAGAUGGCUAGGGCAACAGGUCCCUGUUGCCAUCACCUUAUGGGUAAGUUUUAGACAGGAACAGUCUUCAGGCUCUGAAGUACUUGAAGAGCACCAUGGGAUGCCUGCCUUACAGAAGUUAAUGAGCAUGAUUCAGGCAGAUUCAUAAUUCUCCGUAGAAGCCAUUUGGGAUGCCUUCCACUUCGGGGUCAUUCCACAUAGACCAAUGCAGAGCAUGCAGUAACUGCUCAAAUGGGAUUUGGAAAGGAACGAACAGUUCAUUUAGACGUUCAACUUGGAAUAGACUUAAGCAGACACUCCUGGCGAUGAAGGCCUUAGAUGCCAGAAAAUCAGGCUCAGAGACUUUCAAGCCACUUCCUAGAGUGAUGUCACAUUCCUUUCUACGCUCCACUGGGGAAGGCAGGUCUGCCCCGCCCACGGUGGCGGCGAAAUACCUAGGCAUGGAAGUGGCAUGACAGGGCUCAGGUCCCUGUCAUAUUUUCCACUCUCCACGAGGUCCUGCACGCUUCAAUCCUGCAGGCAGCCCGGUUUGGGGAUGUGGUCCUUGCUGCUCUGCGGGUUGUCCAUCGCCCUUCCACUGUCUGUCACAGCAGAUGGAUGCAACGACAUUUUUAUGAAAAAUGAGAUGCUUUCAGCAAGCCAGCCUUUUGCUUUUAAUUGUACAUUCCCUCCCAUAACAUCUGGGGAAGUCAGUGUAACAUGGUAUAAAAAUUCUAGCAAAAUCCCAGUGUCCAAAAUCAUACAGUCUAGAAUUCACCAGGACGAAACUUGGAUUUUGUUUCUCCCUAUGGAAUGGGGGGACUCAGGAGUCUACCAAUGUAUUAUAAAGGGUAGAGACAGCUGUCAUAGAAUACAUGUAAACCUAACUGUUUUUGAAAAACAAUGGUGUGACACUUCCGUAAAAGGUUUACCGAAUUUAUCAGAUGAGUACAAGCAAAUAUUACAUCUUGGAAAAGAUGAUAGUCUCACAUGUCAUCUGCACUUCCCGAAGAGUUGUAUUUUGGGUCCAAUAAAGUGGUAUAAGGACUGUAACGAGAUUACAGGGGAGCGGUUCACUGUUUUGGAAACCAGGCUUUUGGUGAGCAAUGUCUCAGCAGAGGACAGAGGGAACUACGCGUGUCAAGUCAUACUGACACACUCAGGAAAGCAGUACAAAGUUUUAAAUGGCAUCACUGUGAGCAUCACAGAAAGAGCUGGAUAUGGAGGAAGUGUCCCUAAAAUCAUUUAUCCAAAAAAUAAUUCAAUUGAAGUACAGCUUGGUACUACCCUGAUAGUGGACUGUAAUAUAACAGACACGAAGGAUAAUACAAAUCUACGAUGCUGGAGAGUCAAUAACACUUUGGUGGAUGAUUACUAUAAUGAAUCCAAACGAAUCAGAGAAGGGGUGGAAACCCAUGCCUCUUUUCGGGAACAUAAUUUGUACACAGUAAACAUCACCUUCUUGGAAGUGAAAAUGGAAGAUUAUGGCCUUCCUUUCAUGUGCCACGCUGGAGUGUCCGCAGCAUACAUUAUGUUACAGCUCCCAGCACCAGAUUUUCGAGCUUACUUGAUAGGAGGGCUUAUUGCCUUUUUGGCUGUGGCUAUGUCUGUUGUGUACAUAUACAACAUUUUUAAGAUCGACAUUGUUCUUUGGUAUCGAAGUACCUUCCAAUCUACAGAGACCCUAGAAGACGGGAAGCUGUAUGACGCCUACGUCUUAUACCCCAAGCCCCGCAGGGAAAGCCAGAGGCAAGCCGUGGAUACCCUGGUGUUGAAGAUCCUGCCCGAGGUGCUGGAGAGGCAAUGUGGAUAUAAGUUGUUUAUAUUCGGCAGAGAUGAAUUCCCUGGACAAGCUGUGGCCAGUGUCAUCGAUGAAAAUGUUAAGCUGUGCAGGAGACUGAUUGUCAUUGUGGUCCCUGAGUCGCUGGGCUUUGGUCUGUUGAAGAACCUGUCAGAAGAACAAAUCGCGGUCUACAAUGCCCUCAUCCAGGACGGGAUGAAGGUUAUUCUCAUUGAGCUGGAGAAAAUUGAGGACUACACAGCCAUGCCGGAGUCCAUUCAGUACAUCAGACAGAAGCACGGGGUCAUCCGGUGGCACGGGGACUUCACGGAGCAGUCACAGUGUGUGAAGACCAAGUUUUGGAAGACAGUGAGAUAUCACAUGCCGCCCAGAAGGUGUCGGCCGUCCCUCCGGUCCAGCUGCCGCAGCACACACCUUGCUACCGCACGACAGCUCUUACAACGGCCAAUAAAUGCUUUGGAAGGUACAGCCAUAGCCUUCUCUGGAGUUAUGGACCCCCAGCACACUGCUGGCACCCUAGACCUUCCACAGAGCUUGGCCCAAUGA